CGUACCGCGCAGUCAAGCUCACUUCCGCCGUCGGCUUGGCCGAUCUCUUUUCUUGUCUGGUUUCGACAAAGCAACACGCACCAGCGGACUGCUCAGGCUAAACCAUGGUAAACCACCGCAUUCCGUCGGUCUUCUCCAAGACCUACGUGACGCCCCGUCGUCCGUUCGAAAAGCCGCGCCUCGAUGCGGAGUUGAAGAUCAUCGGCCAGUACGGUCUGCGCAACAAGCGCGAGGUCUGGCGCGUCAAGUACACGCUGGCCAAGAUCCGGAAGGCGGCCCGUGAGCUGCUGACCCUCGAGGAGAAGGACGAGAAGCGUCUGUUCCAGGGUAACGCCCUACUGCGUCGUCUGGUCCGCAUCGGAGUGCUGGACGAGUCCCGCAUGAAGCUCGAUUACGUGCUCGGCCUGAAGAUCGACGAUUUCUUGGAGCGUCGCCUGCAGACCCAGGUGUUCAAGCUGGGACUGGCCAAGUCCUACCAUCACGCCCGCGUUCUGAUCCGCCAGCGUCACAUCCGUGUCCGCAAGCAGGUCGUGAACAUUCCGUCGUUCAUCGUCCGUCUGGACUCGCAGAAGCACAUCGACUUCUCGCUCAAGUCGCCCUUCGGCGGUGGCCGUCCGGGACGCGUCAAGAGGAAGAACAUGAAGAAGGGCUCGAGCGGCGGCGGCGCUGCCGAGGAGGAGGAGGAAGAUUAAGCUUCACGCCCCCCUUCCGGUUCGGGCUGGUCUUUAAUGGAUAAGAGAUGAAAAAGGAAUAAAACUGCUGUGCAAAGUAUAAGAAA